AUGACAUCGUCACCCACAGUAAAAGUUGUCCUCCUUGGCGACAGUGGCGUUGGCAAAACAAGUAUUGUUAAUAGAUAUACAACAGGCGUUGUCCAACUUUCUGUUAAGCCAACAAUUGGUGCUGCUUUCGUAACAAAAGAAAUAUCAGUAGAAGGAAAAGAUUACGAAUUGCUUAUCUGGGAUACUGCAGGCCAAGAAGUAUACAGAGGCCUUGCACCUAUGUAUUAUAGAAGCGCAGCUAUUGCUAUCAUUGUUUAUGAUUGCAUCCGCCCUCAAACUUAUCAGUCAGUUAGCUACUGGAUAAAAGAACUCCGCAUGAAUGUCGAUAAGAAUACUGUAAUAGUUGUUUGCGCUAAUAAAAUAGAUCGCGAAGAACCAAAGAAUCCAGAGUCUGAAGUUGCUCAGAAGUUCGCUUUCGACAACGGCGCUCUCUUCAUCGAAACUUCAGCAAUAUCCGGUAUUGGUAUUGAUCGACUUUUCCAAAUGGCCGUAUUAGAAUACAGCAGAUCAGCUCCAGAACCAGUAGAACCAAAGGCUCCGAACAACAAUGUUAACCUCGAGCAAAGCAAGGAAGAUAAAGGAGGUUGCAGCUGCUAA